AUUUCCGGCCCAGCCCGGGGAGGCGGUUCAUUGUUUCUGUGCGGCUUUCGGGUUGAGGGCUCGGGAGCUAGGGUUCCGCCUUGGGGCUCCGUCGUAGCACGAGGGUCAGGCAAGCGUCACGCGGAGGUCAGUUUCCCAGACAAGCACGGCGCGACGGGAUCACGAGCCCCGGAAGCCGCUGUCCAGUUCAGGUCUCUGAGGAAGGCCAGGGUGACGGUGGCUCCUCUUUUUCAAGAUGGACUUCCCCAGCUCCCUCCCACCCUCGUUGUUCAUGACCGGCCCCCUUGGUCAGAGUGAUGUCCCUGACCUGUCAUUCAUGUGCAGCUGGAGAGAUGCGCUGACCCUGCCAGCGUCCUCGCCCCAAGGCUCUCAGGACAGGGCGCCACCUGUGGCCAAGGACCUGCUCUGGGAGCCGGACACGCCUGGGCCCCUGCCCUUGCUGCCUCCUGGCCCCGAUCCCUGGGACCCUGGCCUGACUGCCAAAGAUCUGCUUUUCCGGGGAGGCUACCAGUUCCGGAGACAUCCCCGAGCCGUGCUGGAUGUUACUGAGCAGGUCAGCCGGUUCUUGUGGAACCAUGGAGACAUAGCCUUUGCACCCCUGGGGAGGCUACUGCUGGAGAAUUUCAAACUGGAAGGAGCACAUAGCCGCUCUAAGACGAAGACAGUGGUCAGUGUGAAGAGGCUACUCCAGGACCUCGGUGGACACCAGCCCUGGGGCUGUCCCUGGGCUUACCUCAGCCAGCGCCAGCGCCGGUUCUCCAUCCUUGGGGCCCCGAUCCUGAGCACGUCGGUGGCGAGCCUCCUGGGAGAGCUGCUGCAUGAGGAGCUGGCCCUGCGCUGGGAGCAGCUGCUCCUGGAUGAUGUCUACACUGGGGGCGCGCUGGCUUGGGUGCCCGGCAGGACCCACGGGGCUGGGCAGCUGGUCUACCCCGUGGGCAGCACCAUGGACACACUGCGUAUCCUCCCUCGCUGGGCACAGGCCAGGGACGGGCAGGGAGUUGUGGGCCUCGAGUGGCCGGAGUCCAUAAACUUGUCCUUAGCAAGAUGCCCAGGUUUCCAGAAGGUCAGUCUGACCCCAGAGAGCGAGCCCCAGGUUCUCAGAGACCCUGGCCGUAUCCAGCUCCGGGGACCUGUCCGGCAGGUGGUGACCCGCAGCGUGCAGGGAGAAGCUCUGCUGGCUGUCCGCUCUGACCACCACUGUGCCCUGUGGAAGGUCAGUACGCAGGGGCAGCCGGCCCCUCUCCAGGUGCUGCAGGUGGACAAGGGGGCCACAGGGAUCAGCCUCAGCCCUCACCUGCCCGGAGAGAUGGUCAUCUGCAGCCGCUCCGGAGCCGUCUGUCUGUGGAGCACCGAAGAUGGGCUGCGGCAAAUCUACAAGGACCCUGAGACCCUGGUGUUCCGGGACCCCUCUCCCUGGCGCUGGGCAGACUUCACUGCCCACCCUCGAGUGCUGACGGUGGGUGACCGCACCGGAGUGAAGAUGGUGGACACUCAGGGCCCGCCAGGCUGUGGUCUGCUGCUCUUUCGUGGAGGGGCAGAGGCGUCAUGCCAGAAAGGAGAGCGGGUCCUGCUCACCCAGCACCUGGGGGAUCUUGGCCCCGAGUCUCUGCACCCCAUGCUCCACCUUGUCUGCACCCAGUUCUCCGUCUACCUGGUGGAUGAGCGCCUCCCCUUGGUGCCCUUGUUCAAGUGGAACCACGGCCUCCGCUCCGCACCUCUGCUGGCCCGGCUGCUGCCCCCACUGCGCCCGGGCCUCCCCCAGCCGCUGCUCCUGGCCAGCCAGGGCGGGGAGCUGCAGCUGCUGCACCUCGCAGGAGCGGGGGCCUCCACGCCCCGGCUGGCAGGGCUCCCCCAGUCUCUCCCCACCAGGAGCGACUCCCUCUCUGCCUUCCCCCUGCUGGAGCCCAAGAGUCACCGGAGGCUGCAGGAGCGUCUGAAAGCACCCACCAUAGGUCUGGCCGCUGUCAUCCCACCCCCCGCCUCCACACCAGUGCUGUCGCUCUUCCAGCUGUCCGCGGCCGGAGACGUCUUCUACCAGCAUCUCCACCUCCAGGCAGACCCCGGGCCCAACGCUCAUGCCCCUGCAGCUUCCUGGACACCCCAGGCCACUGCCUGCUGCAGCCGGUGGCUGAAGGCCCUGCUGGAGGUGCCCCUGGCUCCCCCGGUGUGGGCAGCACCCACCUUCUCCCACCGCCGGCUGCUGGGUGGCUUCGAGCCUCAGAAGGUGGAGGGGCCGGUGCCCGAGGGUCUCCGCAGGGCCAUGGCCCAGGGGCGGCUGCUGCAGCAGAGGGACCUGGGCUUGGUCCCCCCGGAGGAGCGGCCCCCUGCCCCCGAGCCUGGCCCCGAGGACGAGCUCAGCGAGCGUCUGGAGGCAGCCUGGGAGUUCGGGGCGGCGGCCUGGUGGGAGAGGCGGCGGGGCAGCCGCGCGGGGCCUGGGAAGCAGCCCAAGCGGCAGAAGCGGCGGACUCAGCUGUCGAGCACCUUCUCCUCCCUCAGUGGCCGCGUGGACCUCUCGGACGCUGCCAGCCCCCCGCCCAGCCCAGACCGCAUGGUGCCCGAGGCCAGGCCCCAGCCCCCAAGGACCCCGCCCUCCCAGGAGCUUACCCAGGAGCCCUGGGCCCAGGGCGUCCCCUCGGAGCGGCAGCAGACCCUCCGGGACUACAUGGCUGAGCUGCCGCUCCACGCAGACACCCCCGGAGGGGCCUCUACACUCUCCUCCCAGACCCCCAGCGUCCAGGCCACACCCUUGGGGCAGCACACCCCCCAGGUUGGCACGUUCCAGCAGCUGCCCCGAGGGGACACCCCAGAGGGCGCUACCCUCCCCUCCUCCCAGACCCCCAGCAUCCGGGCCACACCCUCCAGGCAGCACACCCCCCAGGACAGCAUGGUCCAGCAGCUGCCCCAAGGGGACACCCCAGAGGGCGCCACCCCGCCUUCCUCCCAGACACCCAGCAUCCUGGCCACACGCUCUGGCUCUCAGCGGCUCCGGAAGAAGCCCCGCAUGGGCUUCUGAGGCCCGGGGAGGUUGCCAGCUCCAGGAGCCUGCCAUCCUCGAUAAGCUGCGUCUUUCGUGGUUGAAACAGGAAUCAGAGAACAGUCCCCAGGGAGCAGACCUCCUGCUUCUGGAAGGCCUUCGUGACUGGGAGACGCUCGUAAGCAGUCUGGAGCCAUGUCGGGGGAAGGACGACAGCAAAGUAGUCCUUUAUCCCAUAGGUCACGGUCUUGGGGCACGUGGUGGAGCCCUGGCAGCCCUGUCCUGAAGGUCGGUGUCGCUGGGAUCCCUUCUGGCCAACAGGGUCAUGCUGGAGGCAGGGGCUGCAGGCGCGCUCGGGACCCCAGUGACCUCGGGGCCAGAGCCGUGGCUCCUCGGCACUGUGGGUGAUGGUGAAAUGAGCUCCCCAGCCGGCCCGCGCUCACUGGGUGUCAGUGGUUUGUGGUCAGUGUCUGUGUGACGUGGUUCCUAGCACAAUCUAACGUGGAGAGGGAGGUGCUUUGGACCCAUGUUAGGGGUUGAAUAAACCCAUUGCUGAGCCUGGUGUU